AUGGCGGCUCCGCUGACGUAUCGCAGGGUUGCCAGGCUGAGAGAUCAAGACAGUAUGGAUGAAUCCAGAACCUUGACCAACUCAGAGCUGUACCAGAGCAAGUUUGAUCCCAAGACCUAUCUUGACAAUUUUUACCAGUUCUCUGACAACAGACGUUUUUUGACAUUCGUGCUGUGUGAGCUGAGCCAGACCUUCUCAUCAGGCAAAUACAAGGGCAAGAGGCUGAUUGAAGUUGGGACAGGUCCUACCAUCCACACUCUGAUCAGCGCCUGUGAGCACUUUGAGGAGAUCGUGGUGUCUGAUUAUACAGACAGCAACAGAAGGGAGUUAGAGAAGUGGAUAAGAGCUGAGGAGGGCUGCUUCAACUGGGAUCCCCAUAUUCAGUUUGUCUGUGACCUGGAGGGGAGAAGGACUCCGGCAGUCGUUAAAGAGACUCUCCGCCAGAGGAUCAAGCACGUCCUAAAAUGUGAUGUCAACCUGGAGAAUCCAUUCCAGCCGGUAACAGUAGAGCCUGCAGACUGCAUCAUAUCAUCUCUCUGUCUGGAGGCUGCCUGUAAAGACCGGGAGGCCUACAGGCGUUCACUGGGAGCCAUGGUGGGUUUGCUGCGGCCUGGAGGAGUCCUGGUGAUAAUUGGAGAUCUUAAUGAGACUUUCUAUACAGUGGGGGAUCAAAGAUUCUCCUCUUUGAAUCUGAGCCAAGACUUUAUUGAGAAAACACUCUGUGAGUUGGGCCUGUCUGUGCAGCACCUCAUUCUGCAACAGGCUGAAGACAGAGAGGCCAAUCUGAAAUGUGAUUAUGAAGCAUCUUUCUACCUGGUUGCUCAUAAAAACUGUGACCGAUCAUGA